UUCAAUAAAACUUUAUUGUUUUACACUUUACUGUGUUUUGGCCUUUUCUUUUCCUGGUCCCUUAGCCCUUAUUCGGGGGUGUAACACCGUUUUGCUGCCUAUAGGCUCAUAUAGAAAACCAUUAAAUUUCCUUUGCCUCUAGAAGAAGUGGGUUUUUAGGAACCCAGUAUCCUGUUUCCUUUCUAAAAGUUUUGUUUCAGGCUCGCCAACUAGAGGUCACAAUUGGGCCACAACUAUUGACUAAAUUUUCACACAACGUUACUAGUCUGCUGCUUUGCCUCUGCUCCGUUCAGAGCUUUCUGUUAUAGUAAAUUUCCGUGUUUUGGUGAGUUGAAUUUGAGCGAAUAAACAGUGCGCCCUCGCAGAGGAGUGUAUGGAGACGGAGGGAGGAGGAAGUAGAGGAGGGGAGAGCGUACGAAAAGGAGGGGAAUGAGGCAGGAGCGAGUUGGUGGACAGGAGGAAAACAUUAGCCCUCAAUCCUUCACGUAGUUGGGAUACUUUUUUUUCACUGUCGAAGAGGCAGGGAAGCCACAGCUCAGACUGCACCUCCACCAAGCUAGGACGCACGAUCGGUAUGAUGGGCAGAUAGCAGGAGGAGGAAGAAGAGGAAAAGAAGAUGUCAUUCUUUGGGCUGGACUGUGUCAGGAAGAAAGAGAGGGAGCUGGAAAGGAAAAUCAGAGCAAACGACCGCGAGUACAAUCUCUCCUUUAAAUAUGCGACGAAUGCCAUCAAAACCUCCAAGUACAACUUCUUCACCUUCCUACCUCUCAACUUGUUUGAGCAGUUCCAGAGGAUUGCUAAUGCUUACUUCCUGUUCCUGCUGGUGCUCCAGGUGAUUCCUCAGAUUUCCUCGCUGUCCUGGUUCACCACUGUCGUCCCCCUGAUCCUCGUGCUGACGGUCACCGCUGCCAAGGAUGCAACUGAUGACAUUAAUCGCCACAGGAGCGACAAUCGAGUUAACAACCGAAAAGUCCAAGUCCUUAUUGACAGAAAGCUACAGAGCGAGAAAUGGAUGAAUGUCCAAGUGGGAGACAUCAUCAAACUAGAAAACAACCAGUUUGUUACAGCAGACCUCUUGUUGCUCUCCAGCAGUGAACCACUCAACCUUGUGUACAUUGAGACAGCAGAACUCGAUGGAGAGACUAACCUGAAGGUGAGACAGGCCCUCCCAGUGACGGGAGACCUGGGGGAUGAUACUGAAAAACUGGCAGAUUUUAAUGGUGAGGUGCGCUGUGAACCCCCCAACAACCGUCUAGACCGCUUCACAGGAGUGCUGACCUUCGCAGGUCAGAAAUAUUCACUUGACAAUGAGAAAAUCCUGCUGCGAGGCUGCACCCUGAGGAACACUGAGUGGUGCUUUGGACUGGUGCUGUUUGGAGGUCCAGAAACAAAGCUGAUGCAGAACUGUGGGAAGAGCACGUUCAAGAGGACCAGUAUAGACCGUCUAAUGAAUAUCUUAGUCAUCUUUAUUUUUGGUUUCCUGGCCUUCAUGUGCUCUGUCCUGGCGAUAGGAAACUACAUCUGGGAAAAAAGUGAGGGCUCACAGUUUACUGUCUUCCUGCCAAGGCUGGAGGAUGAUCCCGCUUUCUCGUCCUUUCUCACAUUCUGGUCCUACGUCAUCAUCCUCAACACCGUGGUGCCCAUAUCUCUCUAUGUGAGUGUGGAGAUCAUUCGUCUGGGGAACAGCUUCUACAUCGACUGGGACAGGAAAAUGUACUAUGCCCGCAAUGACACCCCUGCUGAGGCUCGCACCACCACUCUGAACGAAGAGCUCGGCCAAAUCAAAUACGUCUUCAGUGACAAAACAGGAACACUCACCCAGAAUAUCAUGAUCUUCAACAAGUGCACUAUUAACGGCAAAUGCUAUGGAGAUGUUUAUGACUACACAGGCCAAAGACUAGAAAUGAAUGAGUGUACAGACACAGUAGACUUCUCCUUCAAUCCGUUAGCCGACUCUCGUUUCGUCUUCCACGACCAUUCUCUGGUGGAGGCGGUGAAGCUGGAGAACCCGGAGGUCCACGCCUUCUUCAGGCUGCUGGCUCUCUGCCACACUGUCAUGGCCGAGGAGAAGAAAGAAGGAGAGCUUUUCUACCAGGCCCAGUCGCCAGAUGAGGGGGCUCUGGUGACAGCAGCCAGAAACUUUGGAUUUGUCUUCCGCUCACGAACACCAGACAGUAUUUCUAUCGUGGAAAUGGGAAAGCAGUGCAACUAUGAACUCCUGGCCAUCCUGGAUUUCAACAAUGUCCGCAAGAGGAUGUCAGUCAUAGUGAGGAGUCCAGAGGGCAACCUGUCUCUCUACUGCAAAGGUGCCGACACAAUCAUCUACGAAAGGCUGCACCAGUCCUGCAGCAAGCUGAUGGAUGUCACGACAGAACACCUUAAUGAAUUUGCAGGGGAUGGGCUGCGGACUCUGGCGCUUGCUUACAAGGAUCUGGAUGAGGAGUACUUUAACCAGUGGAUCCAGCGCCACCAUGAGGCCAACACUGCACUGGAGGAUAGAGAGGGCAAACUGGACCAGUUGUAUGAGGAGAUAGAGAAGGAUCUCCUGCUGCUUGGAGCAACAGCCAUAGAGGACAAGUUGCAAGAUGGAGUACCUCAGACUAUUGAGCAGCUGUCUAAGGCUGACAUCAAAAUCUGGGUUUUGACCGGUGACAAACAAGAAACUGCAGAGAACAUUGGUUACUCAUGCAACUUGCUACGGGAAGAAAUGAAUGAUGUCUUCAUCAUCUCGGGCAACUCACUUGAGGAUGUCCGGCAGGAACUGAGAAAUGCCCGAACCUCCAUGAAGCCAGAUGCAGCUGAGAAUUCAGUGUUUUUACCUGAAAUGGAUAAAGGUGUGAAAGUGGUCACAGACGAGGUGGUGAAUGGGGAGUAUGGCCUGGUCAUCAACGGACACAGUUUGGCAUACGCUUUGGAGCACAGCCUGGAGCUGGAGUUCCUGAGGACGGCGUGCAUGUGUAAAGCAGUGAUCUGCUGCAGGGUGACUCCUCUGCAGAAGGCUCAGGUGGUCGAGCUGGUGAAGAAGUACAAGAAGGCAGUCACACUGGCAAUUGGAGAUGGAGCCAAUGAUGUCAGCAUGAUCAAAGCGGCUCAUAUAGGUGUGGGCAUCUCAGGCCAGGAGGGCAUGCAGGCUGUCCUGUCCAGCGAUUACUCCUUUGCCCAGUUCCGUUUCCUGCAGCGCCUCCUGCUGGUGCACGGCCGUUGGUCCUACCUGCGCAUGUGCAAGUUCUUGCGCUACUUCUUCUACAAAAACUUCACCUUCACCUUCGUCCAUUUCUGGUUUGCCUUCUUCUGCGGUUUCUCUGCGCAGACCGUGUAUGAUGAGUGGUUUAUAACGCUCUACAAUCUGAUGUACACAGCGCUGCCUGUACUGGGAAUGAGUCUAUUUGAUCAGGAUGUGAAUGACGUGUGGAGUUUCCAGCAUCCUCAGCUCUAUGUUCCAGGUCAACUCAACCUGUACUUCAGCAAGAAGUCCUUCUUCAAGUGUGCCCUCCACAGCUGCUACAGCUCCUUGGUGCUCUUUUUUAUCCCCUAUGCUGCUAUGUAUGACACAGUGAGGGAUGAUGGGAAGGACAUCGCUGACUACCAGUCCUUCGCCCUCCUCACUCAGACAUGUCUGCUGUUUGCCGUCAGCAUCCAGCUGGGGUUUGAGAUGUCCUACUGGACAGCAGUUAACACGUUCUUUGUGUUGGGAAGCCUGGCGAUGUACUUUGCUGUCACAUUCACCAUGUACAGUAACGGCAUGUUCACCAUAUUGCCAUCAGCCUUCCCUUUCAUAGGAACAGCACGAAACUCCCUAAACCAGCCCAACGUUUGGCUGACGAUCUUCCUCACUUCCAUCCUGUGUGUCCUUCCCGUCAUUACCAACCGUUACCUGAUGAUUCAGCUCUGCCCCACCAUCAAUGAUAAGGUUAUGUUCAAAGUGAGGCAGGCCAAAGCGACACCUGCUCCACCAACUCGACGUGCCCGCAUCCGUCGCACCAGCUCCCGCCGUUCGGGCUACGCCUUCUCGCAUGCACAGGGCUAUGGGGACCUGGUGACAUCGGGUCGGUUCCUGCGGCGUCCUGCCCUGACACGAUCUUCUGGUUUCACCCACGCAGGCCGCACCACUACUAGCUUCAGUCCAAUGGGACGAUCGGCUGGUUACAGCCCAACGGGACGUCCUCAGAAUAACAAGGUCCCAGACGUGGAGGUGACUUCACUGCAGAUGUAUAGGACAAUCACAGAUUCUGCUCCCUGACGAACAACACAUUUAGGAGUCUUUGGAGAAAUAUGGGAGCAAAUAAUUAACUACUGACUGGAAAGCUACAUGAUGUUGGCAGCCAGAAGUGUUCAAAGGUCCUAUUUGUUGCAAUGAAGAGCUUGCUUGGGCUUUCCGGAGAAGUUCAUGUCAAAGAUUUUUCAUACCUGCCCGACACAGAAGACGAGGUUUGAAGAGUACAUGACUUUAGGUCCUUACAUUUUUCUCUGAAAUGGUGUCAUCAAAGGGAACUACAGCAACAAAUGUAGCCAUUAUGAUGGGUAUAUGAAUCGUAUUCUUAAGAUGCCAGCGGAUGAGAGGGUGAUUAAUGAAACCUUUCUGUCAAUAUAGAUAACAACAGGAUGCUUUGUCUUCAAAUAGGACAGGAAACAAUAUGUCAUCAUGUUUACAGGCUACCCAGUCUAUCUGGGAGUCCAGCUGGAAAGCAGUGUUUGCAGAGGAAAUAACGAGCAAAGCCAUGUUGCACAAGAUAUUGACUUUUUAAAAUCUUUUUAAAGCAUUUUAUUUUCUUAAUUUGAAAGCUGUACAAGCGGUCAGCACUUUGGCUGUGUCACAGUGGCAGUGGGGAAUAACCAAACAUAUCAUAAACUGCUUCUUCUAAUACAGUACCAUAUUAAGGGCCCAGGGGUGGAGUGGGGUGUAAUUCCCAGAGAAGAAAACUCAUAAUUUUACAAGAAAAAUGUCGAGGAAUCGCAUCCCUUAACUCUAAGGUUUGGUAAAACCAAAAAGUCACAGAAAGUAAAUUUUGGUAUGUUGAUAGAGUCAGUUGAGUCUUUUUUAAACAUUGCUAUUGAUCCAAAAAUGAAUGAAAACAUUUCGAUGGAGAGAGAUGUCGUUGGCGUUGUAGCAACAUUUGUACAAAAUUUAAAUUUGUGAGGUCCCUGGCCCAUAAUGACUUUAUUUAUUUUAUUAAAGUUGAGUGGCCUGAAUACCCAGAGGUGGGUAGAUUAGCCAAAAAAUGUACUCAAUAGUAGCACUACCUCAACAUAGUUUUACUCAAGUAAAAGUAAAAAGUAGCCGUCCAAGAAAUUACUCAAGUAACAGUAAAAAAGUAAUUAGUGAAAACGGCUACUUGAGUACUGAUUAACUGAUAAUAACAUCUGAUUUAAUGUUUAAAAAUGAGAUAAUCAGACAGACAAAAAUAUAAAAUUUUAUACUGAAAAGCAAAAUAAAAAUAUUACAUAUAAAAAACAUAAUUACAAAUUAAUAAAUCUAUUUUUUUCAAAAUCAAUAUGAAACUAAUAUUUAGAGAAGGUAAUAUAAAUAUAUGCUAAAAUUGGGUAAAGUACUUCCAGUAACAAUACAUGGUGAUACUUUACUUCUCCGAAUGGCACAACAGGCUCAGCAGAUAGAAUAACGUUAAAACAACAAACCUUAUGUACAAACAACAAGUCUCACUUUGAUAUAAACUGUAGGCUACGUCCACACGUACACGGGUAUUUUUGAAAAUGGAGAUUUUCCGUUUUCGUUUUUAAAAAAAAUCCCGUCCACGCGUAAAAGCCAAAAACGAAGGAAAACGCUGCUAGGAACAUGCCAAAGCAGCAGGUGGCGAUAUAUUCCUAACCGUGUAGAAAUGUUUGCCAAUCAGAAGUCUAGGAGCCUGGGUGGGAAAGAGUAAACAAAGAUGGCGCAUAGAAGCAGAACUGAGUCCUAUGUGUGGAGGGACAGUAACUGUGUGUUUAUGUAAGCAUUGAAACACUGCAUAGAGUAAAAUUAACAGUAAUGGUAUUUUGUCUAAGUCCGCCAUUGUAGAAAUUCAUUUCACCGAAACAAUACCCUGGCGCACAGUGUGACAUCAAAAAAGGCGCACACCUUUGACGCUGCGUUUUCUCCGUUUUCCUCGUCCACAGGUAAACGCAAAAACGGAG